GUCAAGCCUGCUGUGGACAAGGGAAGAGUGUGAUAGCGCUGCUCUCUCUCUCUCUCUCCCCCCUGAGCGACCGUCCGCCGGCGUUGAAUCAACGGAGGAACUCCUGAAUUUGCGCUUUUUGGGAAGAACCGAUUAUUGGAGGAAACUUCGCAUGGGGAGUUAAUGGCAUCAAAAUUGCAUCAGCUGAGAUCAAAGAUUGCAGGAGCCUCAGAGUUUACAUCGAAGCAUGGUUGUGCCUAUUAUAAACAAUUGAUGGAACAGAACAAAAAGUAUGUUGUGGAACCUCCAACAGUGGAGAAGUGCAAUGAAUUGUCAAAACAGCUAUUGUAUACACGUCUUGCAAGCCUACCUGGGCGAUAUGAGUCUUUCUGGAAGGAACUGGACGCUGUUAAACAGGCGUGGAAGAACAGGCAUGAACUGAAGGUAGAGGAUGCAGGCAUUGCUGCCCUGUUUGGUUUGGAAUGUUACUGCUGGUAUUGCGUUGGGGAAAUAAUUGGAAGAGGGUUCACCUUCACAGGCUACCAUGUCUGAUCUUGAUCUUGUUCCCAGUGUGAAUUUGGUCACGGCUUGUCUCCAAAUUUUGUGACUUCACAAUGGAAAGCAUGAUGGGUAAAGAAAUCUUGUUGAGAAUGCUGGCAGGGUUUCCCUCAUGCAUCAAUAAUUUUCCUGUAUCUUUUGUUUCGUCCCUUUUUCUUGUUGGAAGUCAUAACAUUUGCUCCGGGUGCAUUUUAUGAUCCUUUUAAUUAAAGGUGUUUCUAGUA